AUGAAGUUAACUUCCGUUGUUGCUGCUUUCUUUGCCGUUUCUGUUGUUGCUGCUCAGCAAGAGAACAGUGAAACUACCACUACAACCACCAACACUCAUAGAUACGGUAGAUUCGACAAGACUUCUCCUUCUUCUACCCCUACGUCUACUGGUACCCACAGAUACGGUAGAUUCAACAAGACAGCUCCUUCUUCUUCCCCUACAUCUACUGGUACUCAUAGAUACGGUAGAUUCAACAAGACAGCUCCAUCUUCUUCCCCUACAUCUACUGGUACUCACAGAUACGGUAGAUUCAACAAGACAGCUCCAUCUUCUUCCCCUACAUCUACUGGUACUCAUAGAUACGGUAGAUUCAACAAGACAGCUCCUUCUUCUUCCCCUACAUCUACCGGUACUCACAGAUACGGUAGAUUCGAUAAGACUAACAACAGGGAAGCUGAAACUGCUAACGAUGCUGACUUGGUUAAAUUUUCCAGCUCUUUCUUGGUUGCUGGUAUCGCUGCCUACUUGUUAUAA